GUUUAAAACGGCUCCUGAGUGGGCAGACAGUCAGACCCUGGGUGAGAGCCAGAUUGUGACCUAUCCUCCUUCAUUCAUCAGCUGCUGUACCACAAUGUCCAAGCCGAGGUUUCAGACGGAGUGGGAGGAAAUGGACGAGGAAUAUCAACAACUGCAGGAAACUCACAAAGUAUACAGACAAAAACUCGAGGAGCUCACCAGCCUUCAGACAACAUGCAGCAGUGCCAUCAGUAAACAGAAAAAAUGCCUGAAAGACCUGAGGUGGAGUUUGACAAAGUGUUCAAAAACAUGUGACGAGCAAGAACUGAAACUAAUAGCGGAUAUGAAAACACAAAUAAAAGAUAAAGAAAAUGUGUUCUUUGAUAUGGAAGCGUAUUUGCCCAAAAAAAACGGACUGUACCUGAAUUUGGUCCUUGGCAGUGUGAACGUAACGCUUCUCAGCAACCAGGCAAAAUUUGCCUAUAAAGACGAGUACGAGAAGUUCAAGCUUUAUAUGACAAUAAUCCUGAUGUUUGGAGCAAUAAGCCUCUUCUUCCUCAACUAUCGAGUCACUGAUGAAAUCUUCAACUUUUUGCUGGUGUGGUACUACUGCACAUUGACCAUAAGGGAAAGCAUCCUCAUGAGCAAUGGCUCCAGGAUCUACGGCUGGUGGGUUUUUCACCAUUAUGUCUCCACCUUUCUGUCAGGUGUGAUGCUCACAUGGCCGGAGGGGCCAGUGUAUCAGAUGUUCAGAAGCCAGUUCCUCGCUUUCUGCAUUUAUCAGAGCUUUGUUCAGUACCUCCAGUAUUACUACCAGAGGGGCUGCUUAUACAGGUUGCGAGCUUUGGGAGAGCGAAAUCAGCUGGACCUCACAGUGGAGGGAUUUCAGUCCUGGAUGUGGAGAGGCCUGACUUUCCUUUUGCCAUUCCUCUUUUGUGGCCAUUUUUGGCAGCUCUACAACUCACUGACCCUGUUUCGCUUGGGAGGACAUGAGGACUGUAAGGAGUGGCAGGUAUUUAUGCUGUCACUGACCUUCUUUGUCCUAUUCCUGGGAAAUUUUUUCACCACAUUGCAAGUAGUCAACAAAAAGAUUCAGAAAAACCAGGAGAAAAGUCACAAAAAAGACUAAGAAUGAAACUGCAUAGAUUAUUAACAACGGCCAGUAAUUUUGAAACGACGCGCACAAUCGCUUGAAGGUGACCACGGUACGGUUAUGUUGGCAGACGACGAAGCGAACGGUUUCUCUCAGGCUUUGAUAGUGGCACCGUCCAGCCAAAGUGUCUGGACGACAGGCUUCUGCUUUCCAAUGAAUCGUUGUCGAUGUUGCUGCAAAGUCCUUCUCAACACAAAGUGGUGAGUUCAACUGAUGUACGGACAGUUUGACUCUUUAUCAUGUACAUAAAAGGGGAGCGUGGAAGAACUGUAUUAUUUGGGUAUUUGUGUCAGCGCAUGAAUCUCUUUGUUCAAAUCAUAUGCAACUAAAAAAGGGCAGGUAGCAUCGAUCUACUGAACAGAGUAUAGACUGCCUUUUGAAGACAAAACGUCUGUCAUGCACUUCAUACUAACGUCUGUCAUGUUCUUCAUACUUCUGUGAAGUGCUCAAACUGUCUCUGGCUUGAACAAAAUUGGACAUACUCCACUCGGCACUGCACUUCAUUUCUUGAAUUAGUGUCUGUGUAAUUCUGAACUCCUUGUUGUGCUAUUUCACUGCUAAACAGUAUUUUUAACUAUAGACUUGUUGGUCAACAACUAAAGAAGCAAACAAAAGUGAUACCUUACUGCCCUUCAAUUUCUGAAAAAAUGGUGUCUUUUUUUCCCUAAAUCAGUGGAGGCUAUAUUUUUGUUUUUCAAGUUUUACAAAUGGGUAGGAACUACAAGGGAAUACAACACUGUUGCUUUCUCCCUUCAGCCAUAACUGUGUAUUUUUUAUGAUGUUACACCUAAAUGUGGCUACUACAUGAAAACAGAUGUAUAAAAUGUGUGCUUUUCCGAGUAAGGAGAGAACUCUUCCAAGGCCAUUUAUGUUCUCAUUAACAUAAUGCUAACAUUGUGAUACAUGGACCGUUAGUUAAAGCUGAUAAAUCUAACACUUCCUUAAAGUUAAAUACAAAUUUAAGAACACAGAGCUAUGCACAGAGAUGUAUCAUUACUGUGGUAAAACAAAUGACAUUAAGAAAUUCAUUUUUAUCAAAUGCUGCUAUUGUUGCCGGUACUGUAAGAAUAAGAUAAAGAAUGAUGAUUUUUUAAAGUGCUUAAUCAUUUUUCUAAUUCCAAUCAACGUAACUAAAUAAAAUAUUUGAAAGAAUUAACUUGUGGAAAAACCUGAAACUGUUGCUCUCACUCACUGUAAUGUUUUGUUUCAUGCUUGUGUAAAAAAGACUUAAGUCAUAUUGUUGUUUUGAGCAAUGUUGGUCUCUAAUGCCUUACUUCCUCUCCAGCUUGUCACAGCAACAAAGGUCAUUUUAUUUUGAAGAUCUAAAGAUGGUAGUGUGUUUUUAUAAACUGCAUUUCCUUGAACGCUAUCAUGCUGAAAAGAAUCAAAUCACUUUUAUUGAGGGGAACAUUUAAGCAUGUUUAUUCAAAUACCAAGAUGCUACUUUUGAUGUAAGCGUUGACAAGAUGCACAGAACAACUUGAUUUCCUCAUUUUUAUGAUGUAGCUGAUGUUAAUGUUUUCACCGUUCAUUUCAAGACUAACUGGUGCUUGAGUAUGAUCAGUGACGUGACAGUUAACAAUUCCUCAAUCUGUGUACAUUGUUGUAUAAAGUAUAUUAAUAAAUAAACACCUAAUCAAACUUUGUUGCUA